ACUCUAAGAAGAGCCACUACAUGGAUGAGGAAAGUGAAAUAAAGGAACAGUUAAACUUAAUAAAUGGUUCUUGGAAACUUGCGAGGUGUUGCCCGUCCUCAAAAGCUGCUAGGAGUCUUGCCUACAGACUUUUGUUUAUGCAAAAGAUCAAAGGCUUUUGCGAAAACGAUGAGCCGGUACAGGAAUUAAAUUUCAAUACAGUUUUAAAUACGAAACAAAGAACGUAUAUACAGGGUAUUGUGACAAAUAUAAACAAGAGGGAGGUGAAGAAUGUGUACAACAGUUUUUUGGAGAACAACCUGUUCAAGGAGAUCAGAAAAGUUUCCGACUUUUUUUAUAUCAGCGUCGUUUUCAGUGGGCAAAAAAUCAUUCUCCAAAAGAAAUAUUACCAAAAAAGCUUCACCAACCUUGACACUGAAUUACCACCAACCAAAACUAACAAAAGUACCAUAGUUUACGCCAAUAACAUUCCUACCCAAGAUAUAAAUAUAAAAAAUGACAGUGACAGUGAUGUCAUCAUGGUCAAUGACAAUAUCAACAUUGAUAGAGACAUUAUAGUAAUUUCGGAUGAUAACGAUAGUUUGGCAGACAUUACAACAACUGCCUGUGAUGCUAAAGCGAUAGGCAUGGAAACAGAUUGUGAUAGUAAAGAUAUGUCAAUUGAUCUCAGUAACGAAUCUAUAUUUUCCCUAAAUGUUUUAGAAAAUAAUAUUAAAAAGAAUUGUGAUUUAGAGAAAUAUAUCACUGAAUUAGAAGACGUUUUGAACGCCGAAGUACAAGAAAACGCUCUAAAAAUUGCAUUUAAUGACAAUCGAGCAAAUAACAAUACGUAUAUGAAUGAAGUCAACAAUCGUGACGAAUUGAAUUUGAUUCAUAAUUGCUCAAUAUCUAGUAAUAAGAUUGAUUUGAAUUUGACAUUCACCAAGGAUAUUGAUGUUGAUUUUAAAAAGCGUGUCGUAAACAAUUCACACGCAAACACAGAACUUAACUAUGAAAAAAACGAUGUUACAACACAAAAUGACAUCCAAAAUCAUUUUGACAUCAAUGACAAGACAACUGAUGUUAAUAAACAUGUCGAAGCGUCGGCGUUGGGCCGUCACUACGCAAUGAUUUCAACGCAUCGGUUGGCACACGAGCAACGUAGCACCGUUUACUUACGCAUCGCAGCACCCCUCCCCGCUUCAACACCUGGGCCCUUGUCCGAUGCGUAA